UCAGUGUCCUAAUGACCCAUGCCUUCAAUUUGGAAAGUCGCCUGCCUAUUGUGAAAUUCAAUGCGAAUCCUACAUCGUAUUUUGGUUAUUCGGUGGCGACACACACCAUUGGAGAAUAUAAUGAGCCAGAUAAUACUAAAUGGCUUCUUGUUGGCGCUCCCCUGGAUAAAAAUCUACAGCCGGGUACCAAUCAUUCGGGUGCUUUAUACAAAUGCCCCAUAACACAAAAGUUUGAUGACUGUGAACAGGUUAUAACCGAUGGCCGAAGAUCGCCUGAAGGAGUCUAUGAACCUACAUACGAUAGUGAUGACGAUGAAGAGAUUUUAAUGGAACCUUCAGACGAUGAAAUCAAAGAGGAUCAAUGGCUGGGUGUCACCGUACGGAGUCAAGGAUUGGGUGGCAAGGUUUUGGUGUGCGCCCAUCGCUACAUCACCAAAGUACGCGAUAAUCGUUAUGGCCAAGGUCUAUGCUAUGUACUGACCAACGAGCUGACAUAUGAUGAAGUUUAUGAGCCAUGUAAAGGUCGUACUGUGCAAAGAGCCCAUGAAGAUUACGGGUUUUGUCAAGCUGGUACCUCAGGAGCCUUGUUGGACGAUAAUACCAUGGUCUUGGGAACCCCUGGCCCCUAUACCUGGCGUGGUACCGUCUUCGUCACCGAAAUUGGUGGUGAAUAUUUGGAGCGUGACAAGAACAUGUACUAUGGUGAUCAUUCGGAUACCUCAUCGAUCGAUAAAUACAGCUACUUGGGUAUGGCUGUCACCGGAGGACGUUAUUUUGGUGAACACAUGUCAUAUGCGGCGGGAGCACCUCGUGCCAAUGGCCAUGGUCAGGUGGUGAUAUUCGAUAAAGAUAAUCGUAAUCCCAUCCCCAUACACAUGGUUAUCGAAGGUGAACAAUUUGCAUCGAGUUUUGGUUAUGAAAUGACAACGGCCGAUGUGAAUGGAGAUAAGAAACCUGACCUCAUUGUGGCGGCACCAUUCUAUUUCAACAAAUCGGAAGGAGGAGCGGUUUAUGUUUAUCAAAAUGUCAAUGAUAUGUUGCCCUACAAGUAUACCCUGAAGCUGACUGGUACCUUUGAAAGUCGUUUUGGUUUGGCCUUGGCCAAUAUUGGUGAUAUCAACAAGGAUGAUUGUGAAGAUUUGGCUAUUGGUGCUCCCUAUGAGGAUGAUGGUGUGGUCUAUAUUUAUUUGGGUAGCCGUACGGGAUUGAGUGCCAAGCCAUCGCAGAGAAUACAGGCCUCCGAUUUGGGUUUAAUGCCAAAAGCCAUUAAGACUUUUGGUAGCUCUAUUACAGGAGGUACCGAUUUGGAUGGUAAUUCCUAUCCUGAUGUUGUGAUUGGAGCCUAUAACUCCUCCGCGGUGGUGGCUUUAUUGUCCCGACCCAUUAUUAGCAUACAAACGAAGUGGAGGGGAAAGGAAUUGAAAAAUAUUGACCCCACCAAAAGUGGUUGCCUGUCGGAUGCCUUUAGCAAUUUGACCUGUUUUACCUUUGAGGCAUGCUGUUCCAUUGACCCCUACGAGGAGACGGCAGCGAAUAUUGAUUUGAAGUUGAUGUUUACCGUAGAGGCUGAGACAUUUGCCCCCAACAAGAAGUUCUCUCGUGUGUUCUUUGAUCGUGAAAAUAAACGCAGCAAUGUCAUCAAACGUGAGGUCACGGUGAAGACGGAUGGUGGUUUGUCAUGUCAUCGGGUGAUAGGUUAUAUUAAGGAGAAUACCCGCGACAUACAAAGUCCAAUUAAAUUUAAGCUGAAUUAUACCUUGGUGGAAACGAAGUUACCCGAUUCGGGACUGAAGGGUUUAAAUCCUAUUUUGGAUCAAACUCAGGCGAAUAUUGAAUUUGAGGGUACCUUCCAAAAGGAUUGUGGCGAAGAUGAUAUCUGUGAAAGUAAUUUGAAAUUGAGUGCUGAAUUGGAUUUGAAUAUGGAGAACGAAAAUUAUGCCUUGGUCUUGGGUGAACAGGAGGAAAUUCGUGUCAAUGUAAAUGUCAGCAAUACCGCCGAUUCUGCCUAUGAAACCCAAUUGUUUAUUGUGCAUCAAAAGAGUGUGUCCUAUAUUGCAGCCAUUAAGACGAGCACCGCCAUUUGCAGUCGCUUCAAUGAAACUGUGGUGGCCUGCAGUCUUGGCAAUCCCAUGCGCCGCGGCUCCGCAGCCCAGGUAUCAAUACGUUUCGAUCCCAGUGGUUUGGAGUUGGAUGAACGUAAUUUGACAUUCGACAUCUUUGCCAAUACCACAUCGAGGUUGGUAGGCGUAGAGAAACCGGAAAAGAAAUUGGAUGUCCGUGUCAUAAAGAGAGCUGAAUUGAGCUUGCAAGGUUGGGCCCGUCCCGAACAGAGCUUCUAUAGUGGAGAGAUGCGUUUGGAUAGCACCAUGAUGACAAUGGAAGAUAUCGGAUCACAAGUUAUGCACACAUAUCAGAUCUACAACGAAGGACCCUGGAAGGCGCCUAAAGUUCAGCUUACCAUCUACUGGCCCUAUCAAAUCCAUAGCGAAAAAGAUAAACGUGACAAAUGGCUGUUAUAUCUGGAAGAAAUGCCAAUUAUCGAUAAUGUACGAAAUGGUGAAUGUUUUGUCGCCUCCGAAUAUAUAAAUCCGCUUAAAUUACAAACGAAAUCGAAAACGAAUUUGGUAGUCGAUGAUUUACUGCUAGCACCAGCCUCCUAUAUGAUGAGACCGUUGAAUAAAACUCAAUUUGCUCAUCGUAUGUAUAUGGAAAAAUCGACAUAUAGCAGUAGUAAACAAGAGUCAACGAGUGAAGAAUCCUCUUCGGGUAUUUUGAAUCGUUUACGCCGUGAUACACUGACACGUAUUAUACGCCCUGAACGUUUUAUGGAUUUCCGUGGUGAUCAUAAGAAUAAAAAACGUGAUAUUGUUGAAUUGGAUUGUACCAAGGCUACAGCUAAAUGUAUUAAGAUACAAUGUGAUAUCUAUAAUAUGCCAGCUAAUACGGAGGCUUAUGUUCACAUUAAAGCAAGACUUUGGAAUUCCACAUUGGUAUCGGAACAUCCACGGGCGGAUGCUGUGCGAAUUAUUUCAACGGCGCAUGUUGAAAUACCCAAAGAAUUUAGUGUGGAGCAGACACAAACUUCAGAGCCACUAACGGUGGAAACCCGUGCCUAUCCCGAACUGAGCGGUCAACAGCGCGACACAGCAACGCCGCUAUGGAUAAUUAUAUUGGCCAUUAUUGGCGGGCUGCUGCUAUUGGCUCUCUUCACCUAUGCCAUGUGGAAAUGUGGAUUCUUUAAGCGAAGAAGGCCCGAUCCAACGCUCAGCGGGAAUUUGGAAAAAAUGAAUGAGGAGAAGCCAUUCUUAAAUUCAUCACAGAAAAAUAAUCAUCAUGGUUUCUAACAAGAAGGGACAGUUGGGUGGGAUUUGAUGCAACAACAAAAACUAAAGCCAGUAGUGGCUGAACCACCCAUAAAAUGCUGUAGCAAAAC